AUGGAAGAAAAGGGAGUUCAAAGUAAAUCUGACGGAGCAACUAUGUCUGCUGAUCAAAACUUAAAAACGGACAAUGACGCUUUAUUGUAUACAGGGGUCACAAAAGAAGUCUUUUUCACGCUGGUGAAAUGUUUUACUCCUUUUAAUACAUUCAGUUUUCAAUUAGAGGUGGCAGAUCAAUUACUCCUUGUGCUCAUGAGACUUAAGUUAAAUUUAAUUUUUGACGAUCUAUGCAGAAGAUUUUGUAUAUCAAGUGGUUUAGCUUGCAAAAUAUUUAAAUCAUGGAUUCCUGUGUUGGCAGAUAAGUUAAAGUCCUUGAUUGUUUCGCUCCCUAGGGAAGUAAUAAGAGACUGUUGUCCCGAAUCAUUUAGGGAAAAUUAUCCCAGAACUACCUGUAUCAUUGACUGUGCUGAAACAUUUAUUCAGAGACCAACAAAUUUAAGGAGUAGGGGUGAAACGUACAGCAAUUACAAGUCCCAUAAUACAGCUAAAUAUUUAGUAGGGAUAUCCCCACAUGGACAAAUUAUGUUCAUAUCCAAAGCUUUUGGUGGUCGUGCUAGUGAUACAUUUAUUGUAGAAAAAAGUGGAUUCAUGAAUUACUUGCUUCCAGGCGAUGAAAUAAUGGCAGAUCGAGGCUUUACAAUAGAUGACUUAUUGUUUCCAUUGCGUGUUAAGCUGAACAUUCCAGCGUUCACAAAAAACAAACCCCAGUUAAGUGCGGAAGAUGUGACAACCACAAGAAGGAUUGCCAGAGUACGGAUACAUGUUGAAAGGGUAAUUCGACGAUUGAAGGUCUUCAAAAUUCUAAGUGGGACUGUGCCUGUAUCAUCCUUAAAACUGUUUGAUGACAUUUUGCUUGUAUGCUCUGCUUUGGUUAAUUUACGGUCAGAUCUGAUCAGAGAUACUAAUGAAAGUAAUGAGUGA